CAUCGGCACCAUUAAAAACUCGUGUGGGUAAGCGACAACUACACGUUUUACAAGAUUAAUGAACAACACCACCAACAAACAAUAUCAGAAUCAGAAGAAGAAACCAAAGCAAAGCAAAGCAAAACUCUCUAUCUCUAAUUGAAAACAUUCUUCUAAAAACAAAAGGGAUUAAAGUUGAUUGGUGAAGAAGUUGUUGUUCGUUCAGUGGAGAAAUGGAAGAAGAUAAUAAGGUGGUUGUUAAUGUUAAUGGCUUCUCUCCGGUAACUUCUACUCCUGUAUUCUGGAAAUCUCGUAAGAGAUCAGCUAGUAUGAAGAACUUGAACAAGGACAAUAAAGACGAAGCUGAUAAAACAACCGAAGAAGAAGAAGAAAAAGUAAGAGACGAUGUAAUGAAAGAACCUCCAGUUGUUCUUUCAGAGAAACGUAAGGCUCUCUUUGAACCCCUUGAACCAAUAAUGGAUUUAAACGGUAGAAGACCUUCGGCUGAAUCUUUACUUCCCCCACCGGACUUUGAUUCUGCCAGUUACCCGCGCGGAUGGCUCAUUGGGAAGAAAAGAAAGCUUGUAAACGUAGACGUUGUUGAAAGCAUGCGACGCAUUGCUGUACAAGAAAUGAACCGAAAGGAUAGAGAGAUCGACGGCCUAAACGAGCAAUUGGAAGAGGACUCGCGCGUCCUGGAACAUCUUCAACUGCAGCUGCUGGACGAAAGAAGUAAACGUGCGGAUGUGGAACGACAAAAUGCUUUGUUGCAGAACCAGGUUGAUAUGUUGAUGAACAUGCUUCAGGAACCCGAGAACAUAGAAGAGGAUGAACUUCCACAAGAUCCAUAAGUUUAAUUCUAUUAUUUAUUUAUUUGUUUGUUUUCAUCAUCUUGUUUGUUUGGCAUAUGGAGAGCUACCAAAAUAUUUAUAGAUAUAGCACCAAAUGUAUAAUUUGUUUUUAUAUAUAUAUAAAAGUACUGCAAGUAUUAAUAUUUGUUAACUAAAGGUGUAAUGAUACAUGUAUAAAAGUUUUAAAUUUAUUUUAUUAGUAA